AGAAACACACAAACUCUCACAACAAUACAUCACUUUCUUCAGGCUGAAUUUAGAAACCUAACCUGGAUACUACCGCUUUCCAAACUUGUAAAUAUUCAUCAGGACGAGCGCGUACCUUGGCUUAGAGUGGCACCAGCUCAACUCAAAGGAGCCAUUCUUCUUGGUUAGGGGCUUUUACGCACGGCCAGUCCGCGUCUGAGGGGCUGCGCAGCGGGGAACGAGCACCACGCCAUCAUGUCUGACGCCCCGGAGGAACAGCCCAGUGUCUUGGGCCGGAUCGGGAGCUGGUUAUGGUCCAGGAGUUCCUUAAGCUCCUCUGAGAACGCCUCUCCUAACAGCCCCAACCGCCCCGAAGGAACAGAGCAAUCCGACUCCCUAACCGACGACGUCUUCUACGCUGUCUCCCAGGACUCCCCGAAGUCCCUCCACACUUCAGAGGGCCAACCCAGCGGGGAGGAGACAGCCGAGGAAGAGUGGGAGGAGGCUCGCAGUUCAUUCGAGAGCGGGAAUCUGACCAGCAACCACCAAAACACCAAGCACUUGUCACAUUGGGAAGUCUAUGGGAAAUCUGACAGAGAUCACGCCCAAGACAGGCAGGCACGGGCAGGCAAAAAGCUGCAUGUUUACCUAGAGGAGACGAGCGUUUCUGGAAGCGCCGGCCAAGAAGUAGUUAGCACCAAAUAUGCAAAAAGUUUACAAGUUCGACCCAAAGCAAAGAGGUCUGUUAGCUUGGACACGGAAAGGGAGCCUAGCUACUCGAGCGCGCUAGUGGGAGUGAAUUUAAAAUCUCCAAAAGCUGAAAAUUUGGACGGAGAAGACGACAUGGGGCGUAAAAGUGCUAGGAGGAGGUACAGGAAGAACUCACAAGGAGAUGAAAGGAGUAACGUGACACAGCCAGACAGGGAGGUGACUGAUAAGGCCGAUAAGGCUGUGACCCCCUCCCAGAAGGCCAGAAGUCCCAAGUCCAACGUGACAAACCACACCCCUGCUGAAACUAGCCCCUCCCCUUCACCUGAAUUGCAAACCCACUCUUCCGGUUUGCAGUAUUUGGAGAGUGGCCAGGAUUUGAACAGCACAUUGGCAUGUGGUGGAGCAGCCGUCGAGGAGGAGGUGGUAAACAUGGCGGACAAUGAGCGUUUGUACAGAGUGGAGAGGAGAACGGAGACGCCAGAGUCCAAAAGGAGAAGCAUGAAGGUGUCCAGGAGCGAGGUGAAGCUGUUUCCCAAAAAUGUGCCCCUGCGAGCUGAACACAAGGUGGUAAUGCGGAGGGAGCAGAUCCAAGAGGAGACUGCAGCUGAUCUCAGAUUAAAUGACACCAAGAAACCCGACGACAAGCCUAAACCAGCUCCAGGCCGAAUCGCCGACAAAAUCAGCAUUUUCGAGAACCAAAAACUUGUAAUUCCUGGACAGUUCCACAUCCCAAGAAGUGCGGACGUCUCCCCGAUACGUAAACCAGCGGGACGGCUAAAAGAGGCGUUAGCUUUGUCUGGAUCAGCCCAAAGUUUUGAUAGAAGAAGGUCUAGUUCAUCAUCCCCUCCACGUGAUAGAGUUAUGACAAUUAAAGAGAGGGUCAGGAACUUUAAUGAAGCCUGCAAUACGACGGCGCCAACUUGCAUCUCGAGAGUCAAAGUGUCUACGUCCAAGUCACUGGAGCUACUGGACUAUCCGGACCCGCCAGACGCUAAUGAAAAGGCAGUGUCAAAAGUGCUGUUGCAAUUUAACGGAGGAGCUAAAGCAAGUGCAGUCAACUUCAAAAUACAAUCUCCCACAGUGACGGAGAAAGAGGAGACCAAAGCUAGUGAAGCUAACGAUGUAGUUGAUGCUAGCAAAACGCCGCCCAGAACAGGGUUGAGGGCCAAACGACGGAAAGGUAAAGAGCCAGCAAGUCCAAAGAGUGAAAAUAAAACAAUAGAAUCAACAAAACUAGAGGUAAAUAGUCUAGACGGAAGACAAACUGACAAAGAAGAUGGGGGCAAGAAUGUCGCUAGGCAGGAUUCUGAUAUCGCUUUUCAAACAUCGCAAGAUAAAGUUAGAGGAGAUCUACAAGAUACGAAGACAACAAAACAAGAUGCAAUGCAAAAAGACCAUAAGAGGAUGGCAAAAAUGCUACUUACAAAUAUAAUAUCAGAAAACAUGUCUAUAGAAAGUUCUAAAGUAGACAAGCUAACACCUAGCUCAAAGCAAUCAGUGAGCAAAAGUGAAGAAUUAGCAAAAGCAGACGCAAAAGUGGGUGAAGUCAGUUCUGAAAAGCCACUUAGAAGAGACAGAAGAACUAAAGUAGACUCCUCUAAAGGUCAAGAUGAGGUUGCGAGUUCAAGUCCACAGUUAAGCCUGAAAGACAAAGGAAGCAAAACAUUAGCUUCUGUGGAGUUGGAAAAUAAAUUGGACAUGUCAAGUGAGAAAAGCCAAGUCAAGCCAUCUGAAAAAGUGAGUUUAGAUAGAGGCAAGAAGCUGGCAGAAACAACUGAAUUACCUGACAAUGAGAGCAAUUUAUCCACUAGCCCUGAGUCAAAAGAAUCAAAGGCGGACAAAGCUAGCCUCAAAAAUGACGCUAAAAAUAUGCUACCUGCUGCUAAAGGAGGGAAUUCAAUAGAGCAGCAAAUAGCUAUUGACAAAUCGGACAAUGAACCUGCGGCUUCACAGCUAGCAGACACAAUAGCGGUUUCUGACAAAGCUAGUGGAAAUAAAAGGUCCUCUGUUAAGCACGCUACUUCAAGUGAUAUUGGCAAAAGGCUAACAGAAGUAGCAUCGAUGUUUAAUAGAGACAAAGACGAUUACACACAAAAAUCUCCUAAAGGAAGCAAACUUGAUUCAUCUGGUGUUAAAGUAGGAAGUGAUGCUACAAGUGCAGAGCAGAAGAUAAGUGAUAAAGCUGAAGGCACUACAAAGACUACAGAUGCACGAUCCUCAAAAGAAGCGCAAAAAAGUGCCAUUAAUAUUCAAAGUAAAGUAGAUUUGUCCAAAGUUAAACAAGAGGAUGCUGCUGCUACAUGCGCACAGGGAAAGUUAAAUGACAAAAAUGAGGGUACUGCUAAGACUACAGACAUAGGACCCUCAAAAGAAGUGCAAAAACAUGUCACUAAUACUGAAAAUAAAGUAGAUUUGUUCAAAAUUAAACAAGACGGUGCUACUGCAGAACAAAAGAUAAGUGACAAAAAGGAGGACACUACAAAGACUACAGACAUAAGACCCUCAGAAGUGCAGAAAAGUGUCACUAAUACUGAAAAUAAAGUAGAUUUGUUCAAAAUUAAACAAGACGAUGCUACUGCAGAACAAAAGAUAAGUGACAAAAAGGAGGACACUACAAAGACUACAGACAUACGACCCUCAGAAGUGCAGAAAAGUGUCACCAAUACUGAAAAUAAAGACAACUUGGUUAAUGUUAAACAAGAGAUUACAACUUCAAGUGGUCAGGAAAAGAUAAGUGACAAAGUUGAAGGCACUACAAAAAGCCCUAACAUUGAGAAAAAAGUAGAUUUGGCGAAUGCUAAACAGGAAAUCGCUGGUACACGUGGAAAUAAAAAGCAAAGUAUCAAAAGGGAGGGCACUACAAAGACUACAGAUAUAGGACUCUUGAGUGAAGUGGAAAAAGGUGCCUCUAAUAUUGAAAAUAAAGUAGAUGUGACAAAAAUUAAACCAGAUGCUGAAGCUACAAGCGGAAAAGAAAAGCAAAGUAUCAAAAAGGAGGGCACUGCAAAGACUACAGAUAUAGGACCCUCGACUGAAGUGCAAAAGGAUGUACCUAAAAUUGAAAACAAAAUGAUUGAUAAACAAGAUUUUGCUUCAAAAAGUGGACAAACUGUUGAGAAACCAGUAUUAUCUGAUAAAAUGCCACAAAUUGAUAUUGGCAAUAAACUCCAAUCACCUGAGGUUACUUCUACAACUGGCAAAAAGGACAAAAAGAAAAUAGCAUUGCCAGGUGAACAAGCUAACAAAGAAUCCCAGCAAACAAUCGCACCCUCAGGUUUACAUUCUGAAAAAGAUGUAGCCAGACAGGAUGUCAAAGAGGAGGGAACUGCUCACUUGUCAGUCAGCAAAGCCGAAACUGAAACUUCUGCCAGUCGUAGGGAAACAAAGGAACCCAUUGACCAAGCGCCUGCUAUUUUACCUCAAAAGGACCAGGAAACAGCCAGCCAAAACACUGCCCCAUUCACAACAGGAAAAAAAGGUCGCCUGAAGAUUGCAAAAGAGAGGUUAGCAUCUGCGGAUUUACCUGCCACAGAGCGGUUAGAUGAGAUGUCAAAGGAGGGACAAGAUGUGGAAUUGUUUUCGGUGUCUAAAUUACAAAGCAAGCCAGAUACAGAGGGAGCGGUGGCAGGUUUAAUAAAGUCAGAAGUAAUAGAAAAAAGCACGAAAUGUGUUGGCAAAAAGGGCAAGGGAGAAGUAGACAGCUCUACGACAAAAACACUGGAUAUUAGGACUGAGAGGUUAGGGCAAGAGGCCAAAGUUGCCAGGGAGGAUGAAAAAAAUAUCCCAACAGAUGACAAAUUGGAAGAACAGAAAAUGAAAAAGCAAGAAAACACCAAGAUUUCACCAAGUAACACUUUGUCAUCAGUGGAGACAGCGGGGGUAGAGAACAAUGCAGUUUCUGUCAAAGAUAAUGAGGGAGAAAGAGAGGAGGGUAGACAUGCAGUUGGGCCCUCAGCGCUGACAAAGUCUCCAAAAAUCUCUGCAAAAGAAACGUUGCCAAACACAGCUAGCGAGACUAAACCACAGGCUAAAUGCGGAACUAUGGAAAAUAAAAGUCAAAAAGGGCCCGAUGACUCAGCCCAGAAAGCCAAACCCACUGCUGGUGCAAAUGGAGGGGGGCUAAACGUACCUAAAAAUGAUGUGUUUGAAGUAAUGAAAAAUGUAGAACAGGCUACGAGCAGGGAUGCUGAGAAAAGUAGUAAUCUUGAUGACAGAAAGCUAGCAGUUAAAACCGUGUCCGAAAGCCCACAAGUCCCAAAAGAUUUAAUCAAGCAAGCCAGUGGUAGUGAGAGAGAAAACCAAAAAAUAACCAAGCUUGCAGCUAAUGGCGGCGUCAGUGUUCCGUCAAAAACCGCAGCGCUUAACGAAACACCAGCUAGCGCUAACAAGCUAACUUUUAAAACAUCUCAUGAAGCCAAUAAGUUCUUGGACUCGUCUCUAAAAAGGCACAACUUCGCAAAAAGUAGAAGUAAAGAUGAUUGGAGCGUGCCACCUCAGGAUGUUCCGUCUAGCUGGCUGGACUUGGAUUUCCCCAAACAGAAGCUAAAAGUGUCGAACGAAGCUAAGCUAACAUCAUCGGGGAGCGAGAGCAACCUUUUGGACACGUCUGAUAGCCUUGAUGAUGACGAUUUUGUGGAGAAAAUUAAAAAGUUAUGCGCGCCGUUUUCGUUACCGCCGAGAAAACAUAACCCGCUCAGAAACCCGCAACCUCCCUUUGCGAUGCCGGCGAUCAAAGAAGAUAGAUUUGAAAAAACGUUUGACCCUGAUGAAUUUACUUUUGGAUUGAGAAAGACAAAGAAGUUCAAUUUCGAGGCGCCAAGUUUGUUAGCGAAGCUUCAAAAUCCAGAGGGAAAACCUAGCAUAAAACCGGCAAGAGCUAGCUUAGCAGAUCGGAGCAUGUUGUUAAGCGGUUUGGAGUCCCGUUUCAGAGACAAGCCUAGUACAAAAGAAGAGCAAGAGGAGGCAAAGGACGAAGCAAAGGAGGAAAUAAAAGUUAAAUCGCGCUUGGAGGGGAGCUGCGUGCUUAGCAGUCUGACCACAUCCAACUUUAGGAGCAAACUGAGUCAUAGUCAAGCCCAGGCAGAAGGCGCUAACUCUGGGAAUGUGUCUCCAAGCAGCCCCCUAAACAACAGUCCCCAGCAACCGGCAACGCCUCCCCCUUGUCCAACAAAAACUAUCCCGGAGGUGCGGAGCAAGAAAGAGGAAAUCCAGUGUGCAGAGGAACUUGUGGACAGUGACUCAAGCCCUCCGCUUCCAACGUUUAACCAGAUCAAGCUGCCGGACUUUUUGGAGAAGUACCUCCCCAGAGAGGCUAAGAAGCAGGGGCAGAGGGAGCCGGCGACACAGCAGCUAGCUAGCACGGAGGUGAGUUUUAAAAUGCCUUCAGUGAAAGAAGAGACGCAGACCACACCGGAGGAGCCACAAGUCCACACACAGGCUGCUGCGAAAAAGCCCACACUCACAGAAUCACCCCUGAGCACACCGACGGAGCUGCACGUCCACAACAAGGUUGCUGUAAAAAUGCCUUCUCCCGCUGGCACUACAGAGGAGCUGAGUGUGAAGACCGCUCCGAAGCUUCCUCAGUCUCUGACCAAUCACUUCUCUGGGAUUUCUCUGAAGGAUCAAGCCCCACCCCCUCACGCUCCACCCAAGAGGAGACCUAGCAACAAAAUUCGACCAGCCAAAGGAUUCCACAAGAGGCCGGGGAAGAUGCUGCUGUUUGAAAAGGCUCCGUUUGAAGGACAGGUGUACGAGGUGCAUAGAGACGUAGAAGAUGCCACAUCCAUGCAGCUGUCUCCUCUGGUGUCGGUCAGGGUGGUCAGGGGAUGUUGGGUGCUGUAUGAAAAACCUGGGUUCCAAGGCCGCACCAUCGCUCUGGAGGAGGGCACUCUGGAGCUCACCAACGUGUGGGCCCAGCCUGGUCCAGAUCCUGGUCUAGACCCUGGCCUGGACCCUGGUCUAGACCCACAGGUUCCCAUGCAGAUCGGCUCCAUAAGGCUGGCUGUGUCUGACUACACUGUCCCACACAUAGACCUGUUCACAGAGCCGGAGGGGCGGGGCCGGGUCACUCCGUACCAUGACGACACAAUGGAAACGGGCUCCUUUGGCAUCCCCCUCAACACGGCGUCCAUACAAGUCCACUCCGGAGUGUGGUUGGUGUUCAGUGACCCGGGCUUCCAGGGCAUGCUGGCUGUGCUGGAGACUGGAGUCUACCCCUUCCCCGAGACAUGGGGCUUCCCUUCACCCUUCAUAGGAUCCCUCCGACCACUCAAGAUAGGAGGAUUUAAAGUGGAGAAUCCCAACGAGGUCAAGGCUGUGGUGUUUGAGAAAUCAUGCUUUGAAGGCCCCUGUCUGGAGACCGAGACAGACGUGUUCUGCUUUGGAGAAGAGGAGGGGGGGCAAGACACCACCCUGCAGUGCAUCGGCUCACUCAAGAUACUGGGAGGAUUAUGGGUGGGCUACAGCGAGCCUGGCUUCGAGGGGCAGCAGUACAUUCUGGAGGAGGGGGAGUACCUGGACUGUAAGGACUGGGGAGGAGCUGAGAUCCUGUCUCUACGACCCAUCAUGGCUGAUUUCAUCUCUCCUCACCUGAAGAUGUUCAGCGACAGAGAUUUUGGAGCUUUGGGAGUAAACAUUGACCUGACCGUGCCUGUGAUAAACCUGGACGAGACUGGCUACGGACUCAAAACGCAGUCCGUGGACGUGCUCAGCGGAGUCUGGGUGGUGUUUGAGGAGCCGGGCUUCAGUGGAGAGAGCUUCCUCCUGGAGAAGGGUCAGUACGGAAGCCCGGAGGACUGGGGCUCAACGCGGGCCACCAUCGCCUCAGCCAUGCCUGUAGUCCUGGAGAAUUUCGAGACCGCAGCCAAGUUCAAGGUGCAGCUGUUCCCUGAAGCGGACUUCUGUGGUUCUGCCCUGGUACUGGAGGACAGUGAAGGCUGCCUGCCCCCAGGUUUCUCUGUGGGCUCCUGUAAAGUCCUGGCUGGGAGCUGGUUGGCGUUCGAGGGCCAGGAAUUCUCCGGGAGGAUGUACGUGUUGGACGAGGGCAGUUACCCCGACCUGCGCGCCAUGGGCUGUGUGCACGCUAGCGCCACCAUCCUCUCACUGCAGGUGGUCGGAUUUGAGUUCUCGCUGCCCUCCAUCGUGCUGUUCGAACGCUGCGGCCUGAAGGGGAAGCGUCUGGUGCUGAGCGAUGGAGAGGUCAACCUGCUGAUGAGCGGAGGAGGGGGCCGGGUGCAGUCCUUGCUGGUGGAGGGGGGCAUGUGGGUGCUGUACGAGGAGAUAAACUACAGAGGAGCACAGAUCCUCCUCAGGCCUGGAGAGGUGUCUGACUGGAGGAGCUUCAGCGGCUGGAAGAAGGUCGGCUCCCUGCGCCCCCUACUGCAGAAACAGGUGCACUUCCACAUCCGCAGCAGUCAGUCCGGGCAUCUGAUGACAGUGACCGGAGACCUGGACGAGAUCAAGCUGCUCCGUGUGCAGGAGAUGGAGGAGAGCGGCGGCUUUGAGCAGAUCUGGUUCUUCCAAAAUGGACACCUGCGCUGCAAGCUGCUGGAGGAGUGCUGCCUGUGUCCCAGCAGCAGUGUGACCAUCGCGGGGGCUCGAGUGGGACUGACCCCUGCCCUGGACGACAGCACCCACCUGUGGAACAUCACACCGGAGGGAGUCAUCUGCUGCAGCGCCUCACCCAACCUGGUGCUUGAAGUCAAGGGAGGCCACAACUAUGACAAGAGCCAGGUGGUUCUGAACACACGGGACCCCAAGAAGCCCCAGCAGCAGUGGCUCAUCGAGGUCCUGUAGGACAGAAGUGGACUUUACAUUGGACUUUACAUUGGUUUUACGUAGGAUCUUACCCAGGUACUAGGACUUUGCAGUUGAUUUUUACAGUGGACAUGACAGCGGACUUGUGAAGUGGACCUUAUAUUGGACUUUACUGCAGACUUUACAGAGGACUUGUGAGCUGGAGUACUAGCAUUCAAAAUGGCACCUUACCUUCUUCUGCUAUACUGUAAAUAAUCCACUGGACGAGACAAGUCUGCACAGUUUCCUUUCAUCUAUAGACUUAAAAUCAAGAAAAUAUGUUAAGGGCUUGAUGCUAAGCUAACUGGCCACGAUGUCAUUUAGUACUUUUACUAGCCGCAUGAAUGUUGAUAUAAAACAAGUUUAUUUGACAAUAUCAGAAUAAAUAUAUGCAUAUUUUGUUUUUUUCAAAUGAAAGGCUAUCGUCAUAUCUGCAUUAUUUGACCGAAGGCUAGUGUUACUAUCAAGCUCUGAAUAUGGAGUUUCCAGUGCGACUUGAUUUGAUGAAUAACCUGAACAGUGUUAUCAUGUUGUCAUAUGUAUUAUAUAAAAUGUCUUUACUUACAGCUGCUUGUAUAGAAGACCCUCACUUCAUGUAUCUAACUGAAGUUACAAGUUCAUAUUAUUUUGUCAAUAAAUU